CUUUCCCACUUUCCUCCACCAUCCCCGAGAUUCCCCCCCGGUCCAGUCCGUCCACGGCCACCCGGAGGCUGGCAACUACACUAGCAACCAACCUGAAGCAUGGCGUUGACAUAUAAGGAGGCCCAGCUGGUCAAGGGGACCAUACCGUUCCUGAAGGAGCACGGCGAGUCCGUCUCGGACAUCGUCUACAGCACCCUCGUCAAGAGGCAUCCCGAGCUCAACAACACCCUCAAUGUCAUCCACCUCAAGGACGGCCGCCUGGCCAGGGCACUGACCGUCGUCAUCCUGCGCUUCGCCAGCAGCGUCAACAACAUCUCAGAGCUCAUCCCGAAGCUCGAGCGCAUCUGCAACAAGCACUGCACCCUUGGCAUAAAACCAGAGCACUAUGAGCUCCUCGGCGGCCUGCUCAUCGAGACAUUCGAGGAUGUCAUGGGCCCGGCCCUGACUCCCGAGUGCAAGGCGGCCUGGCUCAAAGCUUACAAGAUCCUCUCCAACAUGAUGAUCGGCAGGGAAAACAUCAUCUACAAGGACUUCGAAAGGUACAAGUGGGGGUCUUGGCGCAAGUUCAAGCUGGAUCGCAAGGUCUGCGAGUCCGACGACCUCUUCAGCUUCUACCUGGUGCCCAAGGACGGCAUGCAGCUCCCCAAGUUUCUGCCCGGGCAGUACAUCAGCAUCAGGCUGUUCGUGCCCGAGAUUGGCUACUACCAGACCAGACAAUACUCCAUGUCAGACUCGCCGCGCGGCGGCGACUACUACCGCAUCACAGUCAAGAGGGCCAAGGCGCAAACGGCAUACCACGACCCGGGCAUGCUCUCCAACAUCCUCAUCGACCGCGUCAAGACUGGCGACGACAUCGAGUGCAGCCACCCGUCAGGCGACUUCUUCCUCGACACGACGGUGCCCAGCAGCGUGCCCAUCGUGCUGAUCUCGGCAGGCGGCGGCGUCGGCCCUCUCGUCUCGAUCCUCAACGCUGUGACCGAGGAGCAGCCCACGCGGCACAUCUCGUGGAUCCACGGCUGCCGCGAGGACGUGCCCUUCAACACUCGGCUGACGGUGCUCAAGCGCCGCUGCCCGAACCUCAACACGACCAUAUUCAAGACAGUGUGCACCCGGGGCGACAUCCAGGGCGUCACAUAUGACUACAACUGCCGCAUCGACCUCCCCAAGGUGUCCCCAUCGCUGCUGCACCUGGGCCACAGCGGCACCGAGUACUACAUCUGCGGGCCCGAGACCUUCAUGAAAACCAUGAUGCAGCAGCUUAUCGACCUGGGCGUGGACAGCAAGCGCGUCAAGUGCGAGCUGUACAGCGUCGGCGAGAUGAAACUCGACUCGGUGUGUGGGUAUCUGACCCCCAGCAACGGGACGCCCUUGUCUUCGCCUACCAGCCUCGAAUCCAAAGUUUCUAAAGAGUACGCCUCAAGACAUGUACCAGGCAUGGCAAAGUAAUCAUCAGACAUGACGGCAACAUAGACUCGGAAUGAUUGGGUCGCAAUGCAACGCAACAAGAUGCUGUGGGACAGUAGGCCACCCCCUGAAAUCACUGGCAGGGCAGACGACGCCGGCCAAGCAAAAACAUCGACGAUGGCACGACUCAUUCAUGAUGGAGAGCGGAUGAUACCACCGGUGCGAAUUUCACGCGGCUGCAACACUCUGCAGCUUUCUGCCAACACAGUGUGAGAAGAAAUAAGGACCCCCCGUUUCGAAUCGGCCCCCGUGGCUGUUUUUUUUUCUUUUCGCGCUGGGCACUUGGCGUCCGCAUGGGGCACGACUGGGUUAAUCCUCCCCAUAUUCCCGACGAUUUGGGCGGCGGUCCUCUACCCAAACCCCUUCCUUCCCCGUGGAGAAAACGGCCGAGACAUGGGCGGCCAUGACACGUUCUCUUGGCAGAGGUGUCAGGGAAGCGUGGGUCGGUGUGGGUCGAUCCACCCUGUCCGAAACCACUCAUCGGCCAUGCCGGCAACAAUCGAUAUAAUGACAUCUUAUCAUGAGGGACUCAAUCGGACGGAAACGGGAAAGGGGUUGCAGGUUGUCUUUUUUUGUGCGCCUUUAGCUUUUCUGUGCCUCUAUUUUUAUGUUCCUUCUUUUCAACCGCAUAUCUACUAGGACCGAGGUUACCAGACUUCAGGUGGGGGAAGGGAUGGGCAUGGAAUGAAGGGUCCCGGUUAUGGUUUGAGCGCCGGCGGACAAAACAAUGUGGCCUCAUGGUAUCACUCGGAGUGAAUGUGUGUUAUAUCUCUGGGUGGGAGGGAGGAAUUAUUCGGAGGCUCUAUCCCAACAACACGGAUCGAUGCUAGAUGGUCAAGUCAAGUCCCAGGCGAUAGAGGAGGGCAAGAGGCACGCCUGGCCACCGAAAUUGAUAUCUUAGACCGCUCGCAAGUUCGUCCUAGAACUGGUAAUGACUCGGCGGGAAUCGAAUCUUAAUACAUAUCGAUAGCGCGCGCACCUG